AAUUUAAAUUUAUAAUGUACAAUGAUAGCGAGAUGGGGAAGCUUGUUGUUGAUAAAUAUGUUAAAUCCAUUGUAUUAGUUGAAAAGAUGACCUACUUUGCUUUCCAUUUUAUUGACAAAUCCAACAUCCUCAUCGAUUUCUCCACUUUUACAAAGAUGGUUGAUUAUCACGAGACGAACCUUGAUCCCUCUUCACCUUCCUCAAACAACCUAGAUAAAUCAAACCUAGGAGAAAAUGAUAUAAUAUCAAAAGCAUUCAAACGUGUAAGUGAUGA